AUGGUAUUCUUUUCCACCUACCGCAGCAAGCGCGUCGUUGCGCCGGGCUUUCUCAAGGGCCCCGUGAUGGCCUCGCGCGCCUUCUGUGAUUACUACUUCCAGCGCGCGUGGUGCGGCUGCGUGCAGUGGGCGAUCCCGGGCGAGGUGCGCCUCUGGGCGUGCGGCGUUCCCAUUAUUUACUUCAUUCACCGCUACCACAAUGACCACUCGCUGGAGCCCGACUAUGUGGAGAAGGCCAUGAUCCAGCGCUGGGGUGGUUCGCUGGAGGAGGUGCGCAAGCUAUCGCCGCAGGAUCAGCUCCGCAUCCGUGUCUUUACGGACAUAGAGAAGCUGUACUCCGCCUACGGCCCCAAGGAAACCAUCAUCCAGCCUUCAGGUGACCUCCUGCCCGGAAAGGAUUACUACCACAAGAGCGGUGCGGCUGGUGCCCACCACUAA